CGAUCUGUUUUUAUUAUAAAGUUGGCUAUUUACUCAUCCGCACAAAACCCUAGUUUCCACUGCUGAACUGCGCCGCGACAUAUAUAUCUUUAAUCCUCUCUAGCAGGGCUGUUGUAGUGACAGUUUCUAUCGGAGAAGAUGAAGUUCAACGUUGCGAAUCCGACUACUGGUUGCCAGAAGAAGCUUGAGAUCGAUGACGACCAGAAGCUCCGUGCUUUUUACGACAAGAGGCUCUCACAGGAAGUUAGCGGAGAUGCUUUGGGCGAGGUGAAUUUUCUACCUACUACUCGUUUGGAGAAGCUAAGGCGAUUGGAGAAGUUACAGAGUGUUGUAUCAGCCAUCUCUUCUCACGGCUUACUUUCUUCUUCGUCAGCUUCAGAUAAUGAAUCUUCUUCUUCUUCUCGAUUCCUUUCGGAGCUCGUACUUUUCCUGCUACAACCAUCCGGCGACCUUGAUAUUGAAUCGAAACUCGUUUUGAUCUCUGAUUUCAUACCUAAAGUAUCUGGAACUUUCCUCGAUGAGAUAUCUAGGUCAGUUCAGCGAGAGGAUGAACCUAAACCACUAAUCACCAGUUCAGCAGCAGAGUGUCAAAAGAGUUGUGUGAAGAGGAGUUUCAUGGACAGGAGGGAGUGAACUCCUCAUGGUGGUGGUGAUGAUGAUGCCAGUUUUUUUGUGUGUGUUGUUUAACAAUUGAGCGAGCGAAAGAGACAAGAAGGUUGAGAAGAUUCGGAAGAGUAAGAGAAAACUUGUUUUUUAUUGUAUUUUUUUUGUUUCUUAUGUAACCGACUUUUUUUUCUCUCUUUUUGUUUUUUCUUUAAUAUUUUGGAUAUAAUAUUUAACUCUUUUAAAUUUAAAUUUAUCUCAUAAGAAAUAA